UAGUGAUGCUGGGCACUGCACACCGCUCCUCCUCGGCGAUUUGUGGUACUAAAAAGACAAUCGUGACUCUUUGAUCGUGAGAAGAGAACGUGAAAACGAACGGAACACGUAAAGCCUGCUGGGUACUUUUGUAGGAUGCACAGCAGCGCACAGUGUGUGGAUGUGGAUUCAGUUCCCAUUCUUUGCAACAGCUGAGUGUGUGUAACAUCCAUGAUAUUUGCUAUUGUGUUUAUUCUGUACGAUAUUUCUUAUACUCUAACUUCAUUAUUAUGACUUCUGACGUUCAACCUGCGAGACGCUGUUAUCAAAUCGGAAGCUUUGUUAUGACUUAAUAUUUGUUAUUGAAGCUUGGGAUUGGAUACGAGCGUUCCAGCUAAUGGAUCGUCAGACUGUCGUUGGAGAAUAUAGCCAGGUUUAGGGCAGGUUCCGUAGGGGUUUUUUUUCGCUGUUCUGGAAUUGGGUGAAUUGGUUUAGGAAUCUGCUCUGUUCAGAGCUAGGACGGCAGGAAAUUUGUUUUCGUGAAAAAGAAAGGUUCAAGUCACACUUGUGGGCAUGGUUGUUUGUUUCCUGUCUCUCUCAUAUGUUUUGUCGUGGAGGGCCUCGCAUCAGAGGAGCCCGCAAAUGUGUUGGUGUCUAGUGUAUGACUUCUGCAUGAAUAUCGGACAUAAUAACCAUGAUAACCAGCUGUCGGUUGGAAAAGCCCUAAAAAUAAAAAUUAUAAAGAUAGUGUUUACCCCAUCAGUAAUGUGGUUUGAAAUUCUGCCAAGUUAUGGAAUUAUUGUUGCAGCAUUUAUGGCACCAACUGUAAUUACCUAUGGAAUUAAUAAACUAGCUUUUGGAAAACCAUUCAGGAGAAAUCUACGCUAUGAAUUUGAACGGUUGUCUUACAUGCGAGACCAACGGCUCACAGGAAAUGCUUACAAAGUCCAGGGGUUGGAAGCCAUUAAACCAUGAUGGCAUUCAUAUUGAAGAUGUUUCAUUUCUGUAGAAAAUAUUUAUGUUAAGUAUUGAUGUACCUUGUAAAGCAAUAAAAGAAUUUAUGUAUACAAGUAAAAUUGAAAUAUAAAGUUUAUUAAUUGUUGCAACUUCAAUU